GCUACCAGUCCUCUGCCACAUCGACGGCCCUGGCGGCCAUCUCGAAGCGCCAUGAUGGGCCUGAUGAGUUCGCAGGAUGCGGAGCUCUUCAGUGAUGAUGAGGGUCCGGGCUUGGAAAUCAACAAGGGCCUCACCCAGAGAGAUCUUCCAGACUCCGACAGCGAUGCGGACAUGUUGACCAAUUUCCGGAAGGCAAAGCAAACAAAGGCGCAGCCGAUCUCGCAGAAGAAGGAAGUGGCAGACAACGAUGAUGCCACGCGGGACCCAUUUCUGAGGAUGAGCCAAAUGAGCCCUCCGAUGCCAACCAGCCCGCCCAUGGGCCAAACGAACCAAUCGAUGGGCCAGAGGCCUUCAGCUGCACCAAAUGUGCCCAAGCUCGAGGGUCCAUGCCCGGUUCUUUGGUGUGGCAGACGGCAUGAUAAGUCGGUCAUCCUGUCAGCGAACCAAUGGAUCACCCUUGGUAAAGAGGCUUGCACAGUGCGGUUGCCUGACAAGGCGGUGUCGGCACGGCAUUGUCAGAUCAG